GAUCCUCAAUGGGUAGCGUCGGCCAAGCAAGGAAAGUCGUUAGAGCCUGCAAGACCGGGACCGAAGACUCUCCUUCCCCCUGAGGGGGAAAGCCAUAUCUACGACUGGGUGGUUGGGCGGCAGCUAACUGGCUUCCCCGCCGACCGACGGCAGAUUUUGCGCAAAGCCAAGGAGGUGGCUUUGCUGGUUUGUGCCCAGAGCGUUGGGGACGGUUGGUAUCGGCGCUUCCUUGAGCGCCAUCCGACGCUCGCCAAGCGAUCCGCUCAAUCGCUCUCG